CAGUGCGUCUCGGCGCCAGGGGCCAUGUGACAGUGGUCUCCUGUGCCGGCUGGGAGGGAGAGCAGGCAGUGCUGCCGCGAGCACAGGGCCAGAGCACAGUCUCCUGCAGGAGGAGCUGCAGACUGACAGAUGCUCUGGGGAGGAAAAAUCUCUUGCUGAAGACGGAACAAAGGCAGAGCGAUAGAGAGGAAGGUAGCAGUCAGGCUGGCAGAUAACACUGGGGCUGAUCUCCCUCUGACUCUUGAGCCCGAGACAGACAGUGGGCAGCACUCCAAAUCAGCCUCUAACAUCUCUGAGAGGAGGGUUUUAUUUUCCAACAUUCACUGCCAAAGAAAAACAAAAAAUCCCUGAAGCUUUCUGCCAGAAUAUUAUGGGUCUGGAAGCUGAAAGAUCUUCUCAGAUUCAGCGGCAAGUGGAGGAGAACUGAAGACACGGUGAGCUGAAAUUCAGAAGCAACCUGACGAUGGAGAAAUUGACAGCGAAAGACAAGGAAAUGAUCAGAGACAGCUGGGAGAGACUCGGGAAGAACAAACUCACUCAUGGGACCAUCAUGUUUACCAGGUUAUUUGAGCUGGACCCAGAAUUGCUCGGCCUGUUUCACUACAACACUCCCUACAGCUCACCCCAAGAGUGCUUGUCCAGCCCAGAAUUUGUGGACCACAUUAAUAAGGUGAUGCUGGUGGUUGAUGCAGCUGUCACUCACCUUGACAACCUGCAUUCGCUUGAGGAAUACCUGGUGAACUUGGGAAGGAAACACCAAGCAGUUGGGGUCCAGACUCAGUCAUUCGCUGCCGUUGGGGAGUCUCUGCUCUACAUGCUGGAGCGCAGCCUGGGGCCGGCGUACACCUCCACCCUCCGCCAUGCCUGGCUCACGCUCUACAGCGUCGUCGUGGAGGCGAUGAGCAGCGGCUGGACCAAAAACGGCAAGAGCCAGACCGACUGAGGGGCAGAGAGGGCUUGAGAUGCAGCCGCCUCACGCUAGUGGGGCGCGUCGGUGUCUGUCAGUCCCUCUGACUCGUGUGUUAGGGGGCCCUGUGGGGGCCUGGGUUAGAUUGACCAUGCUGAGCCGCACAAGGUGUUGUCUUUAUCUGCUCCGGCAAGGUGACACUGUGGCAAUGGACACACGAUGGGUAGUGAUCAGAAUUAGACACAUCUGUAGAGAUAACCAGGGGAAGCAGAUGAUGAUUCGCUUCAUGUCAGUGUAAGAAAUGAGUCUAUGUUUCAGUCUCUGAACACUUUUCAGUUAGAAAGUUUUGUCCUGCUGUAAAUCAGCCAAGCUCUGUGGUUCUGAAUUACUGAGAGAGUGCUUUUAUGAAAAUAAAUGGUAACAUCAAUAAAAACAGCAAGGAGAUACUAGGUCCCAGAUACUGGAAAGAAGACAUUAGAAGUCACUGUCCUAAGUGUUGUGAUUUUUACUGUGAAUACUGAGAAUCAUGUUUAAAAUGUAUAUUUUUUUCCAUGUAGAGAAAGGUUUAACAUACUGUAUAUUGCCCUUGAAUAGUGUUGGGACAGCAAAGUCGAAGCCAUUAUUUGGCCUUUGCGGUCAAGCAGUAUGUAUAUUCAAAUAUGAGAUCGACAUAAAUAGUAAGCAUAAUAUACAUUGGGGUGGAACCCAAGAGAUCAUAAGUAUUAGGACACAUUCAAUUAAACCAUAUUUCCGGUUGUCAGCCAGUAUUUGAAUGCAUAUCCCAUUGAGACAAUAACCGCAUGAGGUAUGUGCUGCACUGAGCUUACCAAACCCCUUUGUGUAACCAUUGAGAUGCUUUGCCAAGCCUUUGUUGGAUCCACUUCGGGUUUUUGCCUUUCCUUGAGCUGUUAUGACUUAAUUCAAUUCAUUUUUGGAUCAUUGUCAUGUUGCAUGGAACUGGCUUGCUCAUCUUUAUUGACAAUCUUACUAAUAAUGGCAGCAGUAGAAUGAAUUAUAUUAACAGAUCUAUUUUGUCAGCUUAUGUACAAAACAAAUGCUUCCAUGCAUGCAUGGAAUUACCUUAUAAUACCCUAUACUCAUGUGCAUUAUAUAGUACUUUUCAUUCAAAUAAAUCUUGUGAUCACAAAUACAAAUUUAUUGAAAAAUAAGAGUUCUGACUUUGCUGUUCCAACUUUUUUGGAAUGCACUCUAUAUCUACCAGUGACCCGAUAUGAGUUGUGGUAAAGAAUACAUUUUUGUAACCUGUGAUUUCUGCUUUAAAUAGCUUGCUUUGCAUUCACAUUAUACCUGUAUAAAAAUAUGUAGCUAUAUUGUUUGCUUGUGCUUGGAGAACAGUUUUAAAUAUUUCUCCGUUUGCCUUGCCUGUUUUGUCAGUGCACAUGAGGGCAUUGUAGCAGUUUAGUCUAAUGUUGGUGUUACUCAAUGUUGUGGACUGUGGGCUCUUUGACUCCUCUGCAAGAGUAUAUUAUAAUGCUAUUUCCCUCAAAGAAAAAUUCCCCUGUCAUGUCAGUGGAUUUUACAAUUAAUAUUUUUCUUACUAACACUAAACUCUGUCUGGUAGAAAUAUUGGUUGUUUACUUGAGACAUAGCUGUGUAAUAGAAACGUAGCCUUUGAAACUGUGAACUGAAAAAAAAAUCCUGUUUUUGCCGAUGUUUUAUUGAAUUGUGGUUAUGACUCUAGGUCAAUUAUAGAAAGGUUGAGCAAUGUAAGACAGUUUUUAAUAGGACUGUCCAAAUGCGUCUAUAAAAUGCAACCAGUUGUUAGUUGUUAUAGGAAUGUUUGAGAGCUGAAAAAAGCUAAUGUUUUUAAAACUUUUGUAUUUAAUCUCAAUGACUGUUACGAUAUUCGCAGAAUGCCUUAAAACAAAGGUGUUCUUUGACAUUUCCCUUGCCUGUAAGAGUUACCAUUGUAAGGUAAUGGAAAUGGAUUACACACCUUAGGUGUGCUUAAAUAGGCUUGUCUAGACUGUUAGAAUUUCUUUUUUGGCUUGCUUCCGUAAAAAAAUAUUUUAUUAAUCAAGGUAUUGAUUACAUGGUUCUUUGCAUUUGUUUGGUUUUAUAUGUUAUGUACAAAUAUUUGCGUAUAAGAAACACUAUGAUACUUUUGGAGAAACAAUUUUCACAUUAUUAGAGACAGAUGUAACCAGAAUUUGUGUUUUUCCCUGCAUAUGCUCUUAAGGAUGACUAUACAUGUAUGGUGAGAAAUGUCUAAUAGGUUUAUGAGCUCAAAAGCAGCUGAUGUUUAUUAUACUUUUGUUUAGCCUAUUAGAAGAAAGGCAUAUGUAAAGUUUACAUUUUUAUUCAAAGUAUUUAUGUGUAUAUAGUUUUCUUUCCUGAAGAUCAACAGAUUACAAAAGAAAAUCCAUUUCUGUGAAAAUUAUGUUGCAAAAGGUGAACAUUUCAAGCUUUGGGGACAAUAGCCAAGGUUUUUUUUUUGUAUUAUUGUAUUAAGAUUAUGGUUAUAGGGUUUGUUUUUUAAUUUAACAUCCUUGUUUGCCUAUUUAAUAGUGACAGAUAGGAAUAGAAGCCUUCAGAAUGUUCAUCCAAGGUGAGAAGUACUGAGUCCAUCCUUCACAUUUCCAGUGCAUUGACUCUGAUUGUCCUACCACAGCUGACCAGUAGUCCCCACUUUCCAGUGGCAGUAGGGCUUGUCUGCAUCAGAAACCGAUGUUGUGUCUUUCGACAAACUGAUGAAGUCGUUGUGAAGUCACCAACGCAGGCUUCCUUAUCGUGUAAAACCAGGGAUUUCAAUCACUACCCAGGAUUUAUGGAAAUAAAGUAACCUCAAGACACAUACCUUCUUGAGACACAUAGCUUUUUGGCUGCUUUAUUGCUUACUGGCAUAGGAACUUUCAAUGUGCUGUAGUUUCGAAGCACUUCUCAGAUUCAGCAUGUCCACUGCUUGUGGUCUUGAGAAGACCUUCAUUACUAAACACAUUAAGAAAAACUAAUAGGAAUUAGUGGAACUAGAAAACGUUGAUUUUCAAAGGGUGAGUUCACCAGUGUGUUCCCCUUUAUCUUAACUAAAAGAUACCUUUCAGGCUCACAGAGCUCAUGGAAAUGAAAUUGUGUGCCACUUUGAAUCUGCAAUCACUCUGAUUGUCAGCUUAAAGAAGCACAAAAAGGUUUUGUGCUUCACUAUGUUUGAAAAGGCAUCAGGCAUUGGAUGAAUUCAGUUCUGAUCAAGGAAUUAUUUUUUCUCAGCUAAAUCCUUUUGCCAUUCUGAAAGAAAUGCACUAAAAUGUAUUCAAUUUGGGAUGCAAUUUAGUUCUGUUUUUUAAAGGAGAAAAAUGCACAGUAUACAGAUAUCUAACACCUGUUAAUCCCUCAUGGUCUCUGAAGGGUGCUUUAAUCUGAAUAAAUUGGCGCUUUUCAGUGGUAACCUAUUUAUUAUCAUGAAAGGAUCUUUCAGCGUGAUAUGGCAUAGUGCAGGUUUCGGAGGCUGUAGUUGUCUUUUUGCUUUUGCAUUAAUAGUAUACUUUCCAUCUAAUUAAAAAAAACUAAAAUUACAUUAAAAUAAUCCCUUUAGCAUUUUACUUUUAAUAGUUAGUAUGUAAUGAAGUGUAUUAAUGUCUACCUCAUCAGUACAGCUUGUAUUGAACAACCACGGCUUCACCUGAACAUUCUGUACCAAAAACACAAUAUCUAUUGUUUAUGCAGUUGAAAUAUUGUUUUUUGUUAAUGAACUUUGCAGGAGACUCGUGCAAUUCAAAAUAUUCUAUAUUGUAAACUUAAUUGUUUUGGGACAAAUAAAGGUUAUGUAAUGUGGUA